CGCUCAACGCCCCUCGUAUACAUCAUGCCGGUGAUUGCCCAAGAUCCGUUGACCGAAUACGCCACUCGCAAGGCUAACCGUUCGGAGGUUAAACAAGUUGUGGUUACUGGUUUUGGUCCCUUUCGAAACAUCACGAUCAAUCCGUCUUUUGAGAUAGCAAGAAGGUUGCCUGCAGAGCUUGCUGCAGAGUAUAAACCACAACCUAUUCCAUUCAAUUUCUUCUUCAACCCAGACCCGAUCGAGGUCGCAUGGACUCCUGUCCUCGCUGCGGUCACCUCCCUCUACGAUCAAUUUACAGUCCUACCUUCAUCUGAUUCCACAGGUCCAUAUAACCCUGAGCAGCCCAUCUUUAUUCACAUUGGAGCGGGAUACUAUGGCAAGUAUACUCUCGAGAAGCUGGCGCAUCGUGAUGGAUACACCAAGACCGAUACGAGAAACGAACGAGCUCCUAUACAGAAACGAUAUCAAUCAUUUGCAGCUAUCGAACAGGAUCAAGGCGGACAGCAGCCAAUGCGAGAGGAUGAAAGAGGGUACCCUAUCAUAGACGAGAACUCUUCAGAGACCAUCUCAACUGGUGUAGACGUGGAAGGAGUGUUGAAGGAUUCGAUGCCGAUUGAGCCUUCCGAUGAUGCUGGUCGCUUCCUAUGUGACUUUAUCUACUACUCUUCACUGAGAGAGGCAUUGGCACGCUAUGGCCCACAGGGAGCGGGAAGAGUGCUGUUUGUGCACGUCCCACCUGAUGGGACCAUCGAGGAAGGAGUCCAAGUUCUAAAGGCGGUUAUCAAGAGUUUGGUGAAGAGGUCGGCUACAAUUUGA